GGGAAGAACGUACACUUAAGGAUUACCCACACUUUGGAAAUAACUGAUUUGAAUGUUUGUUCAAACCACAAUGGAGGCAACCAGUGAUACCACAAAAAUCCUGGAGAAGGGUCCUGAUUACCUCCGAAAGCAAAUGGAACUGGAGAGUGAGACAAGAGGAGGCAUGACUGCUGUGGAGAGGCUCGCUGCAAGCAAACUGAAAUAUGUCAAAAGCAAGCAGGUGGUCAACUCAACUCAGGAGCCAGUGAUCAGUCUUGGAUCAGCCUCUGUGAGUAGCACUGGGUCUUCCAACUGGAGCUCGAACCGUGGCGGGAAUCUUGUCAUUGGGAGUAACUCAAGAGCGGCUACAUGUGGUUCACAAAACUCCAGCUCGCCAGGGCAGGUACGUCGGUUCAGCUCCAAAAAACGACCAGACUCUCUUCUGCUUCACAGGCAGAAAUGUGAGUUUCUGAGAACGUCACCAAAGGACCGGAAACACCAUAUAACACGCAAGUUGCUGCUCGGCUCUGGGCAUAAAAGUGUUCCGUUACGUGAGGCAACGGAAAAGGAGCGUGAAGGUGACCGCAACAAGGAAAAAAUUACCACACCUGAGGGAACAGCAAAGGAAUGCAGCUCACAUGUAGUGAGCUCUCAGUCAGAGAGCAGGAGGAAUGGAGCAGCAGAGCAACGCAGCACAGAAAACAGGGAUUCUGGGACAAAGGUGACAGCGGGUGUUGUCUGGAAAUCUGCUGGUCUCUCUGCUGGUCUCCUAACAGUUCCUGAGUUUGAAACGAGGCCUGGCAAAGGGGUCAGUCGGUCUCACUCUGACAUCAGCUCCAGGUACUCCAAACACUUUGCUGACUUUGAUGUUUUUUUUAAGUACUGUGGGCUGGGCGGUGAGGUUAUUGAGUCUUUGGGGAAGGAGAACUUCUCGGCGCGCUCAGAUGAAAUUGCAAUAAACACCCGGAGUGUCAGCAUUUCUACAUCAGACGAUGGCUUCUCCUGGAACAGUGGAGACAGCGACGGACUGCCGGAGGACAAGUUACAUGAAAAGAUGGGUCAGGGGACGUCAGUUAUUGAGCGCAAUGCGAGGAUUAUCAAAUGGCUGUACAGCUGCAAAAACGCUAUAGAAACUGGAAAGAAGUUAAGAGACCUCGAUUGAGAGGCCUACCUAAGACCUCGACUGUUGUGGUUGAUACCAACUCCUUGCUUUUGCCUUUGGAAAACACUGACUUUUGGUUUCACAUCUUUGCCUUACCGUAUAUGUGUGUGUUUGUGUGUCUCUGUGCUUUUAUCAUUGUUUCCUUUGGUUUCUGUGCAUAAUGUGUGUGUGUGUGUGUGUGUGUGUGUGUGUGUGCGUGUGUGUGUGUGUGCCAAUUUCAGCAGACACUUCUGGGAGAAAAGAUUUGCUUCAGUUCAAACUGGCAUAAAGUUAGCUGUUACAUAAAUUGCACAGAAAGCUUUGAGUCACACACAGAAACACAACAGCUGUUAUCGUCCAAACAUUUUUUAUCUUGAAAAUAUAACAGUAUGUUUACUUGUGGUUUACUUUUUAUCAAACUGUGCACUCUUCCCAGAUAUGCACACUUGAAGACACAAACAAUGACGUGCAAAUCCAGAAGAUGCCAUGGAUUUCAAUUUUAGGAGUGGUGAGAUUCAGCAAAACUGAGCCACUGGCCAAAAAUACUGACUAAAACAUUGAUAUCCACUGAUAUUAAUAGUAAUUUAAAUGUAUUUAUUGGAAUACUAAAUACUUUUGCUUGAAUAAUUCUCUACAAACUUUUGUCAAGAGUGCAUACCUUAUUUUACCAUGUUCUUGAAUGGUUAAUAAAUCCUUUACUGGGUCAGUUAGAAGCUACUAAUAAGAACAGGUGUUCUUCCUUCUUGGGGGUUAAUAAUGUAUUCACACCAAACGUAGUGUAGAGAUAUAAACAUACUCCACAUUACCUUAAAGAACAAUGACUUAAUGCGUAUUGAGUCCAGAGUUUUAAGCGAGUGAAACAAUGUUGUCGAAGCAAACAUGCACUUGCUUUUCAGUUUGCACGGGCUGAAGUUAGGUUUGCUAAACAACACAACAUUUGUCAUUUGCAACAGUGUCACUCUUUUAAAACUAAUUUUGUUCACUGAAAGUGUUGAACGGAAUAACCAUCAACUCUGUUUCUCUCUCACCCACUCAGAAACGAUAUUUAUGUGAGUAUAUGCUCAUUCCUCAGCUGCACCCAUGUUUUAGACACGCCUUUCACUUCUGCAGAAGCCUCGGUGACUAUUUCGCAUCAAGACAAGUCAUUUCCUGCCCUCUCUUGUUUGUUGCCAGAACUUAGAGAUACGUCUUAAAAUUAAGUUCAUGAUUCAGUUCGAGAAACGGCCUCUUAACGUUGCAUUUGUGGUUCAACCUACAGAAAUGUAUCAUAAGUGCAGAAGGUAUAAUUAUUGACUGCUUGCAUUGCUGUAGGUUUAUAUUAUUUCUUCUUAUAUUGGGAUUUGUAUUAUGUAAAAGGCUUACUGUUACUAAUCUACCACUUCAGACUACGGUUUUGCUGCUGCCUGUGUUACGUGUGUUUUAUAAUUAAGUACUGUACAUUUUGCUACACAAAUAAAGUUAUCAUUUUUCGAACAUAAUCUGUUGCUAAAAGGUAUUAGUGGUAACAAGUAGUGUGCACAUUUCAUCCUCUAUUAUGUAUAGGAUUCUCUGAAUAUACAUAGUACAAUUAAUGGAUCAUCAAUAAGGCCCACUGUGGGCUGCUUGUAUUUGAUGAAAACAUUUUGAAUUUACUGUAUGUGGCCUAAAGAGGGUGGUAUCUGACAAGAUACGACUGAACCUAAUCACUGCGUUAAAAUCUCAGCAACUCUUAGCACGCCAGUCUUACUGAACUAUUGACUGCACUGUAAUCACAGGCCCAGAGGAACAAUAACCACACAUAAACCAGUCUGAAUGAAUGGAUGCUUGAAAUGCAAUGCUAUUUUUAGUUUGUUAGAGGAAGACAAAGAAAAAGAUUUUGCAGUAUUUUGCCAAAAAAAAGGUGAAACAUCUAAUGGCAGCUUCAGACCGUAUCCCUCCUGUUACAGAUAAACAUGUAUACCUGUCGACUUGAGACUCUUUUAAGUCAGAUUUAGACCGGACCCUUAACGGUUUGUGAUUAAAGA